AUCAUGUCCACUCCCGGGGUCAAUGCGUCCGCCUCCUUGCUCCCCGACCGGCUGAACAGCCCGGUGACCAUCCCAGCGGUGAUGUUCAUCUUCGGGGUGGUGGGCAACCUGGUGGCCAUCGUGGUGCUGUGCAAGUCGCGAAAGGAGCAGAAGGAGACGACCUUCUACACGCUGGUAUGCGGGCUGGCCGUCACCGACCUGUUGGGCACUUUGCUGGUGAGCCCGGUGACCAUCGCCACGUACUUGAAGGGCCAGUGGCCCGGGGGCCCGGCGCUGUGCGAAUACAGCACCUUCAUCCUGCUCUUUUUCAGCCUGUCCGGCCUCAGCAUAAUCUGUGCCAUGAGUAUCGAGCGCUACCUGGCCAUCAACCACGCCUACUUCUACAGCCACUACGUGGACAAGCGGUUGGCUGGCCUCACGCUCUUCGCCGUCUAUGCGUCCAACGUGCUCUUCUGCGCGCUUCCCAACAUGGGCCUCGGCAGCUCGCGGCUGCAGUACCCUGAGACCUGGUGCUUCAUCGACUGGACCACCAACGUGACUGCGAACGCCGCCUUCUCCUACAUGUACGCGGGCUUCAGCUCCUUCCUCAUUCUCGCCACCGUGCUCUGCAACGUGCUCGUGUGCGGCGCGCUGCUCCGCAUGCACCGCCAGUUCAUGCGCCGCACCUCGCUGGGCACCGAGCAGCACCACGCGGCGGCCGCCGCCGCCGUCUCAGCCGCCUGCCGGAGCAACCCCACCGCCUCCCCGGCCUUGCCGCGCCUCAGCGACUUUCGGCGCCGCCGGAGCUUCCGCCGCAUCGCGGGCGCGGAGAUCCAGAUGGUGAUCUUACUCAUCGCCACCUCCCUGGUGGUGCUCAUCUGCUCCAUCCCGCUCGUGGUGCGAGUGUUCGUCAACCAGUUAUAUCAGCCAAGUUUGGUACGAGACAUCAGCAAAAAUCCAGAUUUGCAAGCCAUCCGAAUUGCUUCUGUAAACCCCAUUCUGGACCCCUGGAUAUAUAUCCUCCUGCGGAAGACAGUGCUCAGCAGAGCGAUAGAGAAGAUCAAAUGCCUCUUCUGCCGCAUUGGUGGGUCCAGCAGAGACCGUUCAGGACAGCACUGCUCAGACAGUCGCAGGACAUCUUCUGCCAUGUCCGGCCACUCUCGUUCCUUCCUCUCCCGGGAGCUGAAGGAGAUCAGCAGCACAUCUCAGACCCUCCUUUACCUGCCAGAACUCAGUGAAAAUGGCCUUGGAGGCAGGAAUUUGCUUCCAGGUGUGCCUGGCAUGGGCCUGGCCCAAGCAGACACCACCUCACUGAGGACUUUGCGAAUAUCAGAGACCUCGGACUCCUCACAGGGUCAGGACUCUGAGAGCGUCUUACUGGUGGAUGAGGUUGGUGGGAGUAGUAGGGCUGUGCCUGUCCCUAAGGCGAGCUCCCUGCAAGUCACAUUUCCCAGUGAAACACUGAACUUAUCAGAAAAAUGUAUAUAAUAGCUAAAAAAAGAGAUGCAGCGCCAUUUCUGGAACCUUAUGAAAUCCUGUGCAAUAGACACAGAAAUGAAGCAUCUACCUGUGCUCCGAAGGGCUAUCUUUGCCGUACGACUCACAUUAGAAAACAUCUUGGCUUUUGAGCCCUUGUCAAACAAUCAAGUUCAUUCACAUGGGUCCUGAAGCACAUUGGUUGCCACACCUCUGUGAUAUGGGAUUGUAGUCACAACUUGAUGGCUGGGAAGACUUACCCUCAGUUUUUGUACUGGAUAGGAAAAUGAUAGAAGUUCAGCUAUUUUCAUAACAUCAAGAGCUUUAUAUCUGGCACACAGCAGAAGCCCAUAUACUAAAAGAGCUCUAUUCCAAUAAACUAUGAGGACUACCUUAUGGAUGAUUUAAAUGUCUCACUAAAGCAUGAAAUGUGAAUUUUUAUUGUUGUAAAUAUGAUUUCAGGUAUUUAAUGUAUUUUCUUCUCUAUGAGAAGGUUUAUUGUUAACAUAAGUACAAUAAAAUUAUGGUAACC